AUGCGGUGGCCGACUUUGUUGCUGCCAACUCUCGUGGCAGCAUCACUACCUAUCCAACUUGAGAUAAAGCGUGCACUUAAUUCCGGACUUGCAAACAUUCAUGUGACUUACACCGCGCUUAUCCCCUCAGAAACCAUUUUCACUUAUGGCUCAUGCGAAGCGCAAACGCCGGGCGAGGCACACCACUUGAUUGCGCGAACAACCGAUCGCCGACAUGAUCGCCUGGUCUGGUUGAUCCCAGCAGACGCUGCGUCAGGAGGAUGUCUCUCGGCUUGGGACCAGCACCAGAACUUACUGGGUCGGAGCAAGAGCUUGUCUCUUGUACCAUCGCCGAGGACGACUCGCAGCCGUUUGAAGAAGCGACAGGAGGAGAUGGGUAUCAGAAUGGACAACUCCAGCGGCAUUGAUGCUGAAGCCCGCGGUCUCCAACCCACUCGCAACUCUCCACUUUUGAGCUAUCGUUGGCGCGGGCAUGGCUGGCUUGAUGACUUGCGGCUGGGUGGUCGAGUUCACACAGCGUACUUUGGCGACCCAAGUGAGAGGCAAUAUCAAGAGAUGGGUCCCCUGCGAUUUCCAUUCUCUAUCCAGUAUAGCGCCACCAACGAGACGCUGCAAAUCCAAGACCACAAACUCGUUUUCGACCUCGACGACGAAAUCAAUCGUCGCAACGGCAACAAUCCAAACUUCACCGUCUCCUUCAUCCCCUGGCUCCAACGCAGUCCCAAUGGGCUGUACGCCGUUGGCGGGAUCCGCCUGCCCAAUGGCAAAAUCCCCACCCAAGCCGACAUCUUAGCGAACUCGUCUCUGGUGCCGGAGUUGGUGACUGACCCCGUAACCACAGCUGCGGAGGGCGCUAUCAGCGCCAUCUACCGCAACCAGACCUUCCUUAGGGAAGUGGCAACGAACAUGUUUAGGGCACAUAAGUCCUGGCUUGACACCGGCCUGAACGGCCUCGGCGGCGACGACUGGUCUGAGUUCGCGUACUUGCACAACUACUUGGGCUACGCGCUUAACACGACGCUUGUGGCUUUGAGUGGUGCAGGCGGAAAUAGUUUCUGGGAUUUUGUGUUUGGGUCGGUCUACUUCGCAGCGACGACAUGGCAGACUAUCGACGGCGGUCUAUCGAGACUUCCGUUUGCGUUUCAUCCAUUGGUUGAUGAUAUCACGCACAUGGAUCGAAAGGUGCAACGGGUGAGCUAUAACCAGUCGACAAAGCGGGUGACACUGCAAUGGAAAACAAAGCCGCUUGAUCGCACUUUUCAGAAUGCCAGCUACGACUAUGCUGUUGUCACGGCGCCGAUGGCAUUGGUGAGAACUUGGCGGUUGCCUGCUUUUAGUCCCUUGCUUUCCACCGCCAUCGACACGUACGGGUAUGACCAAGUGUGCAAGGUUGCGUUGCAGUUCCAGACGAGAUUCUGGGAGCAGUUGGAACGGCCAAUCUACGGAAGCUGUAGCACCAUCACGGACAUACCAGGAAUCGGCAGUAUCUGCUAUCCCUCGUACGAUAUCAACAGCACCGGACCGGGUGUGAUGCUGGCCAGCUACACCGGCAGUGACGAUGGGUUACGCUGGGCCAGUAUCCCGGAGGAGGAGCACGUUCAGUACGUCGUCGAUGCGAUGGCGGAAAUUCAUGGCGACGUGGUGUAUGAACAAUACACCGGACGAUACAAUCGCCGUUGCUGGCUUCUGGAUGAAUACGAGACGGUCAGCUGGGCGCGUGCAGAGAUUGGGAUGAGGAAGGCGUUCAUGCCGGCCUUCUUUCAGGUCGAACAAGGCAUUAUCAUGUCGGGUGAGGGGACCAGUUAUACGAGUGCCUGGAUCUCCAGCGCCUUGGAGAGUGGGAUCAGGGCAUCGGUACAGUUGUUAUUAGAGCUGGGAUUGAUUGAUGAGGCAAAGGCUGUGACUGAAAAGUGGAUGGCUAGAUGGAUAUCUAUAUAG